UGAUGACGUACUAAAGCCUCGACGGUCCUACCGGAGCUGUUUCUUUACUCUGUUGGAACCUGUUGAAAGCAGCGAAAAGACGAAUAUGCGGCCGCCGACAGAAGCAGCUGAAAGACUGUGAGAUAGCGUCUGAGCAGCAGCGACGUGGAUCUGUGCCAAGAACAGUGAAGAGAAACGGUAAAGACGAAGUACGAGCUGCUGCUGAGCCGCUUACAGCAAACACUUCAAGGUCUUCUCCGGUACCUGGAGGUUCAUGAAGUUCUCAUAUAUCUUAUGAAACAUGAAAAAAAACAAUGAAGUCAAGAUGUUGGACCUCUGAGGAGGAUAAGGAGAGUUCCCCAGUGAUGACAAACAGAGAUGAAUCAUUCAGUUGUGAGCAAUGUGGCAAGACUUUUAUCACCGAAAGUAAUCUAAGAAUUCACCUACGUAUUCACACUGUGGACAAACCGUUCAGUUGUGAUCAGUGUGAGAAGACAUUUACUGACAAGAGUAAGUUAACAAGACACCAACUAAUUCACAGUGGAGUUAGACCAUUCAGAUGUGAUCAGUGUGAGAAGACAUUUACUGACAAGAGUAAGUUAACAAGACACCAACUCAUUCACAGUGGAGUUAAACCAUUCAGAUGUGAUCAGUGCGAGAAGACUUUUACUCAGAUUGGUGACUUAGCAAGACAUGAACUCAUUCACAGUGGAGUUAAACCAUUCAGCUGUGAUCAGUGUUCGAAGACUUUUACUCGAAUGAGUUACCUAAAAACCCAUCAACUUAGUCACAGUGGAGCUAAACCAUUCAGUUGUGAUCAGUGUGGGACCACUUUUAAUGACAAGCAUUCAUUAACAAGACAUCAACUCAUCCAUAGUGGAGUUAGACCAUUCAGCUGUGAUCAGUGUGGGAAGAGUUUUUCUCAGAUAGGUCAUUUAAAAACGCAUCAACUUACCCACAGUGGAGUUAGACCGUUUAUCUGUGGUGACUGUGGGAAGACUUUUACUCGACUGGGUCAUUUAAAGUCUCAUCAAGUCAUCCACAGUGGAAUUAAACCAUUCAGCUGUCAUCAGUGUGUGAAAUCCUUUCCUCAAAAUGAACAGCUAUUGAUCCAUCAAUGCCCCCACUCUGAUCGAAAGCGAUACCACUGUGACUCCUGUGAAAAAUCUUUCAAGCACCAACAGGGACUAAAAUCUCACCACCGCAUCCACACUGGACAUGAUGUGUACAGAUGCGAUCACUGUGGCAAACCAUUUGUACAGUUUGCACAGUUAAAAGCCCACGAAGUUGCCCACACAGGGAUUAAACCGUACCACUGUGACCAUUGUGGGAAAGGUUUCAACUACAUUGCCCAACUAAAAGCUCACCAACGUCUCCACACUGGGGAGAGACCUUACAGAUGUGACAAGUGUAAUCAGACUUUUAGAACUUCGGGUUCCCUGAAAACACACCAGCAGAUCCAUACCAGAAAGAGAACAUUCAAGCAGCGUCACACUGAGGAGAGCGGCACAGAUGGACUAAACUCGCAGACUUGUCAGCACUCUGUCAAUGGUGAACAGUAUGGUUGUGACCAGUGUGGGCGAAUGUCCAACCAGGAAGGAACCCUACAACGGCACCAGCGUACGCACACUGGACACAGACUGAACUCCUGCCAAGAAGAUCUCCCCAUGCCGGGUUCAGCCAAAGUUCAUGAAGUUGCCCACAAACUAAAAGUCCUUGAGAUCAGGCUCCACAGAAUUCAGGUUUAAUCACUUGUUUAGUGUCUUCGUGAAGGUUGUACUACAUUCGUCAUAAUUUAAUCAUCUCUAUUUGUGUUUUCUGCUGAGGUUUCUUAAUUUUUACUACAAAGUAAAAAUGAAGAUCAGAAAGUACACUGCCUAUAAAGGGUAUUCACCUCCCUUAGAAAUUUUUCAACUUUUAUUGCUUUUAAACAAGUAGUGAGUUAUCAAGAGACUAGUGAGAGAGGCCACCAAGACACCGGUGAUUCCUCUGAAGGAGUUCCAAGAAAGAGAUUAGCAAAGGAGGCCACCAAGACACCUACGACUCCUCUAAAGGAGUUCCAGGCUUCAGCAGCUGAGAUGGCAGAGACUGUUCAUAGAACAAUUGUUGUGUGUUUGCCACCAGUCAAAGCUUUAUGGGCGACAAAGAGAAAGACUCUGUUGAGAAAAGUUAGUAUUAAAUCUGGGCUACUCACUUUCUCUAUACUUCAGUGUACUGCUGUAGUGAGCAAGCUGAAAAUCCUGGUUUGAGCUUCAUCACCAUGCAGGGAACAAAAAGAAAACAUUCUAUUAAGGGUCUUUAAUAAAUCUUUUAAAGACUCCAAGCUCCUAGAAUCCAUGUACAGAGCCAAUGUAAUAUCAUUUUUAAAGAAAAAUAGGGACCCAGAAUAUGCGCUUUCUAUUGACCAAUUAGUCUUCUGGGAUUGGAUAAGAUACUAUCCAAGAUACUGGCUCUAAGACUUGAGCAGGUCAUGGCCUCUAUAGUGAAUGCAGACCAGACAGGUUUUAUCAAGGACCGACACUCCAUUAUAACACAAGACGUCUCCUUAGUAUUGCUUAUCAUUUGAAUUUUAACCAAAUACCAUGGUCUGUUGUGUCUAUGGAUGCUGACAGGGCAUUUGAUAGAAUAGAACUGGAGUACUUAUUUGAAGCAAUAAGAAAUUUUUGGUUUGGGCUCAGAUGGAUUAAACUCCAAUAUAAAUCACCUACAGCCUCAGUUGUAACUAAUGGUCUGUUAUCUGCUCCUUUUAGACUCACAAGAGGCACAGCAUAAGGCACCCCACAUCCCCCCUCUUUCUAUUUGAUCUUACUAUAGAACCUGUAGCACUGGCUAUGAGGCAAAAUACAAAUAUUAAAGGUGUAAUGAUUAGUACAAACAAAAAGUUUUGUAUGUGGAUGAUAUCCUUGGCUGCACAGUGGAGUAGUGGUUAGCAUGUUCUCCUUUCAGUAAGAAGAUCCCGGUUCAAAUCCCGGCCUGGGAUCUUUCUGCAUGGAGUUUGCAUGUUCUCCCUGUACAUGCGUGGGUUUUCUCCGGGUACUCCGGCUUCCUCCCACAGUCCAAAAACAUGCUGAGGUUAAUUGGUUACUCUAAAUUGUCCGUAGGUGUGAAUGUGAGUGUGAUUGUGUGUCUGUAUAUGUAGCCCUGUGACAGACUGGUGACCUGUCCAGGGUGUCCCCUGCCUUCACCUGAGUCAACUGGGAUAGACUCCAGCACCCCCCAUGACCCUAGUAAGGAUAAAGCGGUGGAUUGAGGAUAUCCUUGUAACAUUAACUAACCUCAUUGACUCUCUCGUGGCUUUACCUGAGUGUAUAGCAGAAUUUGGCUUAAAAUUGGGACAUAUAAUUGACUUUGACAAAUCAGAAAUUAUGAUCUUGGAUAAUGGAGGAAGCAUUGACCUGGUUAAUGUUAAACCUUUUGCAGGGCUCCUUCUGGAUUUAAUUAUUUGGAGGUUAAGGUUUCCCCUAAAAUCAGUUAAUCAUAGGCAGAAAAUAUCCAUGGCUUGAUAAGCAAUCUUAAAGAAGCCUUAGCAAGAUGGAAGAGCCUUUGUAUUUCAUUCCUUGGCAGAAUCAACCUGAUUAAGAUGGCAAUCCUACCAAAAAUACUGUCCCCUCAAUGACAUUAAAAUUUAUAACAAAGCAGUGACCGACUUCAUUUGGGCUGGCACUAAACCUAAAGUUAAACUAGAGCCUCUGCAGCUACCUGUAGAUCAGGGUGAGUGGGGUGUACCAAAUGUGGAAUACUAUGUAUUAUCUACACAAGCUAGAAUUAUCUCUUCAUGGAUAAAUGAGCACUCAGACUCCACCUGGAUUGAGCUGGAAUCAGUGAUUGGUAGAUCUCCCUUGUUAACUUGCCUGAUAGAUGUGAGAAGGAACUUCCUCUGUCUCAAGAACAACCAUUUGAUAAGUAAUGUCCUGUGGACAUGGAUGGAAUAGAGGAAGCUAUUUAAGAACAAUAUUGAACAAGGAUGUCUUUAAAUACUUACAGGGUAGAACCUUUGUAUAAAAAAAGCAAGUCGUUGGAACUCUCCAGAGAACUACACCCACUAAAGAUGGUCUUUGUAGACCACAAAGAACAGAGGUGUUUUAAUAUCUGAGUUCUACUCUGAGCUAGUAAGUUUGAACUCUAACAAGCCUAUGCAUUAACAUAUAAUCUGCUCAGAUGUUGGAGUGAUAAUGAUAUAUGGGAUGUGAUUCUCCAGCUACCCUCCAAGAUUUCAAUAUGCAACAAACAUAAAGACGUACAGUACAAUAUUCUGCAUGAUAUUUGUGUUUCUCCAUCUGUUUUUAGUAAGUACAAAUCAGGAGUUUCACCAUACUGCCCUAAAUGUAAGUCUCAUGCUAGUACUGGUCUGCACUGCUUGUGGGAAUGCAACAAAAUCAACUCAUUUUGGAGGACAGUAUGUGAAAGCAUCAGUGUGGCAAUAGCUCAGCAGAUGCCAGCAAACCCUCUUUUGGGUCUGCUGGGAUUGUUCCUGCAUCCCCAAAACAACAUGACGUCAUGAUUCAAUCACUCAUCAUUUUGGCAAGAAAAGCCAUCAUGGUGAAGUGGGUCGGUGAUGACCCAAAAUUUGUCUCUCAUUUCUGAGGUUGUUACUCUGGAAAAAAAUGCACACUAUAUUGAAGGAAAGGGUCAGAUUUCUCUGCAGAUAUGGAGGAUACCACUGGAUAUUCUUGGAAUAAAAUAUGAAAACUGGACUUUUGUCCUAGAGAGGGUCAUGUGAACACAAUGUACCGUCAGAAUUUGUCUGUUUUCUUGAAUGCUACACAUAUUUUUUUUUGCCUCUCUUGUGGAGCAGGACUACAUCAUAAUUAUACUGUUUUGCAACACUGUUCAUAAAGGAAAAUGACCAUCUUUAAAAAUGAAAUGAAAAAGAAAUUUGUAGUUUAUGCACUGCUAAGUAUCAUCUUGUUUGUUUUAAAUGCUUUAUCAUUAAAUUUUACUUCUGGUGUUUCAUUUAAACUGACCUCCACAGCUCCUUUUUUCUCAUAAACUUUGAAUAUUUUAACAGGUAUCUGUUAAGUUUUAGCUCAAUACAUCAAACGCUUUCCUUCACAUUUAAUGAGAAAGCGAAUUUCCUUCAGCCUCCUUUCAACAGGGUUUUUGCACAUUUAACUUUGAUGCUGUUAGAACAACAACAUCUCAGGAACUAUUGAACAUUAUACACUUUAAUUUUUUUCUGCAUUUGCUUAUCUGACAAUUCAGAAUCUCCAAUAUUCAGUCAAUCAAUCAAUCAAACCUUUAUUGUCAUUGCACACUUUCAUAUACAAUGUAAUUUCAUUUGAGCGGCCCUGCCAAUGGCAGCUCGGGCUGCUGCACCCUGAGGAGCACAUCUGUCUUGAGGAAAAGGAAAAACAGGGCAGAAAAAUAUUGUACAACUUGCCAUAUCUGCUCUGUCAAUUAUGAACAAAAGUAACUUUUGUUUUCCUUGUAUCUUUUGUAUCAUUGUGACAUGAAGCUGCUUUUGGUUCAGACAAUAUCUGUAGUUGACUGCAUUAUCAGUUUUUAUGUUAAUAAGAACUCAAAGAUGAAAGUUUUCAUGAUUUUUUUCAUUCUUGAACUCACCCAAGUGGAACAAAGAAUCUCCCUGUUUUAUUAUUAUUGUUGGGCCAGUUAACAAUAGAAUAGAAAUGCUUUAUGAAUCCGAGGAAAUUAUUUUUGUUUCAGCAGCAUAAACACCAAAUUACAAGUUUAAAAUGUAGUAAAUUAAAGUCUAUAAAAAUAGAAUAAUAGAAUAAGGUGCUAAAGUGAUCACAGUGUGGCAGAUUAAGCGCAGAAUGACUAUUUCAAAACUAUGACAUCAACAGAAAUGUGUAGGUUGAGUUAACCGUGCAGGUUGUUUGAUAUGUAACAGAAUCUGACACCCUCCAUGUUUUCUCAGCAGGACUAUCUGGACCUCUGCUACUGUUGUAUAAAGUUAUCUAAUCAUUACAAGGGGAGAAGCUGUAGGGGGAGUCAGAUUUUUUUUCUGAGUCCAUUAUAUUAGUAUUGCAAGAAGUGACAACCACCAAAUGUUCUCAGUGGACAUAUCUGGACCUCUGCUAUUGUUGUAUACAGUAUUCAGUAUCUCAUCAUUACAGCGUGAAGAUGUGGGGGAGUCAGAUUUUGUUGGGUCAGUUAACAAAAUCUCAUUCCCCUUUAUAGUAGUAUUGCAAGUGACAACCACCAAAUACUCACAGCAGGUAUAUCUGCACCUUGCUACUAUUGUAUAAAGUCUUGUGUAUAUGGUGGCUGUCAGAAGUCAGUGGACCAAUCAUACUCCAAAUGAAAGAAAGCUAUCUUGGUGAAAGUUUUGUUUUUCUUUUGUGAAAACAAAACCAAACAUAUUCCCGUUCAAACUAUUUACACAAUAAACACAGGCUAAUAAACUGAUCAUCCACAUGUGGCCGUUUGACACAGGAGGGGUGGUACCACCAGGGAAAGCUAUCACAGCCAAUCUGAAAUAUAAAACAUAUAUUAUUGUAUUUACCUUAUAAGUACUGGACUGUGAUUAUACUUAAAAUAUCAAUAACUUAAUUCAAUUCAAUUUUCAUUUUUAUUUAUAUAGCGACAAUUACAGGUCAGAUUGUCUCGAGACGCUUUACAGAACCCAUAUGACUGAAGACCACUACUAUUAUGAUUACUACUAGCAUUUAUUAGAUAAUUUAACAGUGUUACUCAAUAUGGCUCAUGAGGCUCGUCACAAUCUUCCUCCCAAAAAAAGUGACAGCGCUGACUCAGGUUAUCUAUUUAAAACUUUUUUUAAAAAACUUAGAAGGUGUAUUUAGGAACAUAUUUUCCAGUAAACAGCAUUUCACAGUUGGAUAUCAAUAGCUUGUUAAUACUAAGUGUAUUGAUACAAUGUGUAUCCAUUUAACAAAUGUCUCGGUAACAUUUCAAGGGAUGAGCUAUAAUUUUAUUCUGGAUCAGCCUUUCAAAAUGCUCACUUUACUUCACUCACAACAAAAUUCAUAUGAAAAUUUGAGAAUUUUCAAAAACAACCGUGAACAUGCCAGUCCUUAGUAGCAGCGUUUGAGCGAUCUCAAAACGAUGCCUUUCCAGGUCUUCCACUGACAUUUUGAACUUGAUUUCUUUCUCGCCCUUAAUAAUGCUCUCAACAAACUGAAAAUAGAAAUUAGAAAAUUAUUUUUAAAAAGCGCUGUAGUUUUCAUUGUACAGCAUAAAAAAUGUAGUAAUACAGAGGGUUCACACAGCCAUAAAUAUUGGUUUAUUCAUCAUAAUUCAUGCUGAAGAAUACUUUAUCAAAAAACACAUGGUGUUAAUGACUGAUUUAGGAGCAUUAUCCAAGGACCAAUGUGACACUUACCUUUAAGAUGAAGACCCCUCAUGGUGUACAGUCCUUUUGGAUUGGGUGGGUGAGAGUGCCAGUCUGGAUAUAUUGUUUAACAUGUUUUAAAAUUCUAUUGGAAAUAUGUGCUAUGCAAAAUUAUCAGAUAUUUAAAAAUAUAGCAUUAUUUACCUUGUUAACACCUUUCAUUUUUUCAUUUGGGAGAGGGAUUCCCAAAAUGGAUCUGAGAGCCCCGUCCUCUAGUGGACGAUGACCUACAUGGAAAUACAAACAAUUUAUGUACAUUGUAAAGAUAUACAAUGCAGAUGAAAUUGUUCUCCACCUUUUAGAACAUAGGUGAGUCCACGGUGAAAGUGCAGAGAUCAUAAAAGUCUCUGUUUGCAUGGCUUUAGUCUACAGGAGCACAUAGAGCUCCAACAUUAUAGACCAACUUUGACGCGUUAGAUUAAGAAAGGCAGCUUAAUGUCAUGCUUGAUACUGAGGACAAGGGGCAAGUGCUCUAGCACCACCUGGUGUCUAUCUGUGCACGCCACUGGUCAGAGCCUUACUAGUUUAAUGCUACUAAAUGUUGUCCAGUUAUAUACAGCAUGGUAUAUAACUGCCGAAGUUAUAGUCCAUCUUUAAAAUGAAAAGCCGUAGCUUUGGUCUGCACAUAAUGGUUAACUGAUGUUCUUUGUUUUGCUACACAUCUAAACAGGUCCGCUGUUAUAUAUUCCUGGUUUAUAUUUUGUUUCACCUGCAGUUGUAAUUCAUUCAUUUGAACUGUGCAAAUAAUGUGCAACGUGUAAUAUUCACCUCUGGGCAAUAACGUGUAAUUUAUGUCAUUAUUUUUUUUACACUAUGUACAUUUAUAACCUAGUAUAAAGUAAAAUUUUACUUUUUUAACACCUUUGUCUUAUAUUUUUUACCUCUGUUUAUAUUUGAUACUUGCUAAUUCUUAUAUUUUGUACUUCUGAAUAUACUUUAACACUUUUGAAUAGGAGGAGCUGUAACACAACCAAUUUUCCCUCAGGGAUCAAUAAAGCAUUUCUGAUUUUGAUAUACAACAGAAAUUUUGCAGUGAAGCAGCCCUUACUGCCCUUUUGCCCAUACUACAUUGUGUAAAACAUCACCGCUCAUAGUGAUAGAAUAGAGUAGAGUAGAAUAGACCUUUAGCAAGCAAUAAUAAUUAAAAAAGGAAAGGUAUAAAACAGUAUGUGCAUUAUUAUAAAUAGCAGAAAUAAAACUGCCCACUAUAACAAUUAUUUGCAAAAUACUAUGUACACAGUAUGCAGUCACAUUAUAAAUUUACCAUCAACAGCCAAUGCUGAUUUUCAUUUAUGAUUCCAAGAAGCAACUUGUGCACUAUUGGAUCCAACUAAAACAUGAAAAGAGAAGAAAGCAUUUGUGUUAGCUUGAGAUAUAAAAAACAAAAAACCAUACCAAACGUCUUCAACAGUCAGUCUAUGCAUUACAUUGAACUGUAAACCUUCAGGGGCAGGUGUGGCAGGUGCGGCUGCUGCAGGGGCUGAUGCUGGGGCAGCUGGGGCAGGUAUGGCGGCUGUGAGGGCUGUCGCUGGGGCAGCAGUGGCAGGAGCAGAGACUAGCUUGUGAGGGAUCCUUGGCUUGUGGUCUUUAAAAAAAAUUAAGUGGUCCACAUCUAAUAAUAAUAAUGAUAAUACAUUUAAUUUAUAGAUGCCUUUCAGAGCACCCAAGGACACCGUAGAAACAGUUAAAACACAUUCAAAUUAACAAUAUAAAACUUAAAGAUGUAAAAAAAAAUUAAAAGAAUUAAACUUAGCAGUUUUAAAACAACAGAGGAGGAAAAAAAGGAAGGGAAGUCAAAGUGGGUAUGCUUGUUUGAACAGGUGGGUUUUAAGAUGGGAUUUGAAAAUGUCCAGGGAUGGAAGAUGAUCAGAGAGUACUGUUGGGUGUGUUUGUGUUGGAGAUCAGUGAAGUACAGAGGGGGGAGGUUAUGGAGGGCCUUCAAGGUUAGGAGUAUGGUUUUGUAAUGCGGUGUGUGAUUGGGAACCAGUGAAGUUGUUGGAGAACCGGGGUGAUGUGGUGGAGACUAGGUGUCCUAGUGAUGAUCCAGGCUGCUGCACUUGAGGGGAAGACCAGAGAGAAGGGAAUUGCAAAAGUCCAGACAGGAGGUGAUCAGAUAGUGGACCAGGAUGGCGGUGCUGACACGGGUGAGGGACGAACGGAGGCAGUUGAUGUUACGACAAUGGAUAUAUGCAGAUCGAGUGAUGUUAUUGAUGUCAAUUUGGAAUGACAGAGUGCCGUCGAGGAUGAUACCCAGACUCUUGACCUGCAGGGAGGGAGAGAAAGAGGAGUUGUCAAUGGUAAAACUGAUAGUUUUUGCAAGAACGGAUUUAGAACCAAUGAGGAGAACCACAAUUUUGCCACUGUUGAGUUUGAGAAAGUUGGAGAACCAAGAUUUGAUUUCCUGUAGGCAGACACAGAGGGAGGUGGGAGGGAGGGUGGAAGUGGGGUUGGUUGAGAGGUAGAGCAAGGUGUCAUCUGCACAGGAGUAAAACUGUAUGUUAUAUUUCCGAAAUAUAUGGCUGAGACGGAGAAGAUAAAUAAUGAAAAGCAUGGGACUGAGAACAGAGCCUUGGGGAACACCGGAGGAGAGGGGAGAUGGCUGGGAUCUAUUAACUGAAUGAACUGAGUGCGGCCAGAGAGAUACGAUAUGAACCAGGCCAAGGGUGUGUAUGAUAAAUCAAUGGAUGUCAGUCUAUGGAGGAAGAUGGAAUGGGAGAUGGUGUCAAAAGCUGCACUCAGGUCGAGAAGGAUGAGGAUGAUAAGAGUCCAGAGUCUACUGCCAUCAGAAGGUAGUUGGUUAUUUUAAGUAGAGCUGUUUCUGUGCUGUGGUGGGGAGGGGAGGGAAAACAGACUGGAAUUGUUCAUAGAGGUUGUUGUUGGAGAGGUGGGAGUGGAUUUGGGAUGCAACUGUUUUCUCUAGGAUUUUUGCGAGGAAUGGCAAGUUGGAAAUAGGGUGAAGGUUAUUGAAGUUGUCGGGGUCUGAACCAGAUUCCUUGAGAGUUGGAGUGAGUGCAGCAAAUCUGAGAGGUGAUGGGACAGAACCAGAGGUGUGGAAGGAGUGGAUGAUGGCGGUGACAUGGAGAUGACAAGUUUUGACCAAUUGUGUGGGGAGGGGGUCAAGUUGACAGGUGGAUGUUUUAGAUUUCCUGUUGAGAUCAGAUAUGUCAGCAGAAGAGGGAAGGUGGAAACUUGAGAGUGCCUGACAAGAGGGAGCUAGGGGAGCAGGAGGGAGUGAACUGCAGGGGGUGUGAGAGGUCAGUUGCUGGUGGAUAUUAUCAGUUUUUGCAAUGAAAAGUUCAUGAGCGUAUUACAACUGUUGGCGGAGUAGAAGUGUGAGGGGAAAAGAGUCUGGUGGGUGCAGGGAGUUGUUAUUUAGAGAAAACAAAGCGUGAGUGUUCCCAUCACCUGCACUGAUGAGACCUGCAUAAUACUGAGAUUUGCCUGUAGGGAUUGUGUCUUUAUAAUAAAGAAUGUGGUGGUGUGUUACAGCUGUGGCCGUAUUUCUGGAGUGUUUUAUUAUUGUGUUUGUAUUUUGGGGUUGUUUUGUUGUCUGGGACUGGGUAGGAGUGAGUUUAGAUCUUUGUGUUGUGCAGGAGCUGUAAUUUGUGGCAGGGUGGACCCAGUGCUGAUUGGCUGUUCACCAUUUUAAAUCUUGGCAGCCUACAGUGCUCAGGCGUGAACUAACCGUGACGUCAGCCGUUGGUUUCAAUGCCGAGAAAAUGAAGCCCGGAUUUCGCUACUUCCUGGUCGCCAUUUUGGAUUUUUUGGAGCCAGUGACGUAAAAAGCGUCAUCAAACAGGCUGGACCGGAGAGCAACUCGGGGCAGGACCAGUCUAUGGGACUGUCAAUCAAGUAUAGCCACGCCCCCUGGCUCCACCAACUUUAACGAUUUAUUUAAAAUUCAGUAUUGAUUUAUUUUAAGAUCGGCCACCUGAUCUCUCAUUUUGACCAUGAAAACUAACGGGAAAAAAAUCCUGAGCUGUAGAACAUCAGUCUAUCAAAUUUUAUUUUUCCAAAAAUGAAUUGGGGUCUAUGGAGAAAAAGCUUUUUGGAGCCAACCCUAGCGGACCGCGGGAUAUUGCAAGGUUUUGACACUUCUGGGUUGGCUUCAACUCUGGAGCCAGAUGCUACGUCCAUCUUUAUAUACAGUCUCUGACAGUGAUGGAAGAGCCACUCUGACAGCAGCACCCUUUUUCGCGUGUUUUUUUCCCAAACCAAUUUGCGUGCUGCCUGUGUUUUUGUUCGGUUAAGCUAGUGUUGUUUUUUUUGUUUGUUAGACCUAGGUUUCCUUUUGUAGUAGUUGUGGUUUUUUAGGAUAGUUUUUUUUUUUUGAGUGUGUAAACUGCCUCUUUCGUUUGUAUCCCGUUCUUUUGUUGCCUGAAUGAAUAGCCCAUGUGGUGGCCUCUUUUAUUUGUAAAAAAUUGUAAAUAAACUUUUUUUGUAUUUUUCUUA